GCAUGCUGUAUAUUGAUUAAUUGAUCAGCAGGUGCAGGAUCUAUAGCCUUGCUAGCUACAGGGAUCAUGUUUUGAACCUAACAAUUUACAUACUCAAAUCGAUCGAUCGUCAAUUAUUAACUUUUGGUAAUGCAGGAUAUAAAACAAUAUUGAACUAACACGCGGCUAAUAUAUUCAAUUGAUUUAAAAAAAUAAAAACAAAUGGUGACAAGGCGUCGUAGCUUUUGCAGUGACGCUAUCCGCACGAGAGGAGACUUCCAGGUUACCAUAGAUACACUCAAAUUAAUAUAACGUUAGGCCUACAGUUAAAUGUGAGUCGAAGCAAGAAGCAUAAGCGAAUUAUCAAAGUGUCUUCGGCUUCGCGGAAUCAGACACAAAAGGAAAGAAGUUUCUUGUAUCAGUGAACAGGGUGAAGGAGAAAGCAAAUAGCUCUACAAAGACCUAAGAAACGACACACAGGAGAACUCUCAAAGCCACGGAUAUAAUGGAGAAGUCCAGAUUUUCAGACGGUAGUUCACCAUGUGGGUUCAAUUCUAACCCUGCCACGCAAACAAGAGCAGGAGGAGACCAUGCUAUGGACAGCAAGUCUCAAGCAACCACAAACCUUAAAGACACUGUGAGUCUUAAGGAGGAUAGCUUGAAUAAGAAAGAACAAGAAGCAGGCUGUGCUAAACCCACCCGUAAGUGUCCAUUUGAAGCUUAUUUAGAAAAGUGCACACAGUUAGAGAAGGAAAACCUAGAAGUUAAGAAGAAGCUUAAAAAGAUGGAGACCUAUUCAAGAGAAUGCAAAACAGAGCUGCAGAGAUUUGUGAAGAGGUUUAAAGAGUUUAAAAACAUCAACAAAGACCUGGACACGAAGAACAAACAACUUUUCAUUAAAAACCAGCAAAUGAGGCAAAGAAUUACAGAGGUCUUAAAGCAGAACAGACCUCAGUCUGAAGAUGUGGAGAGACUCCCAUGCCGUGAACACCAGGAGAAGCAGCAACUAGGAGAAACAGCCGUUGUGCUCCAAGCGAGGGUAAAUAACUUAACAGAACCAGUCAGGAAAUCUCAUGGAAUGAAACAGGAUUCAGAAAUAGCCGAAGAGAGGAAGAUCCUAACUCAGCUAGAACAGGAAAACCAGACUCUAAGAGAGAGACUCGACCACAGCGGUCAGGUCAUAAAAGAUGCUGAAAGUAGAGCUGAGAGAGUUCAGGUGGAGCUGGAUGAACUAGAGUGCUGCCUGCUCACUGUGCAGACUGAGAGGAAUCUGCUGCGGCAGGAAGUAAAGAGGCUCCAUAAGGAAUAUAUCAGCCUUACUAACAUCAUCUCAAUGCAGCUGAAAGAAAACAAUAAAGCUGCCGGUCUCAGGGAAACCCCUGACGUGUCCACCACAGUAAAGCCCACCAGCUCAGCAUUCAGGAGAAGACACAACAUAGCAGAUAAAGGUUCAAUUUGAAGACUUAGAGCCAUGAAGAACGAGGAAAUACAAAGACUUUGAAAAAAUAUCAGAGAACUGAAUGGUUACUGAAACAGAGAAUUCAUAUGUUAACUUGAAAUAAUAGCCAGUAAGAGUGAACAGGCUGCUUUUUGUUAUUUUUAAAUUGUAUUAAAUUUUUAUUUUAUUUUGUAUCAUUAUUAUUCUUUCUAAAAAAUAUUCUGAUAAAAGGUUCAUUAACAGUAUUCUAUCAUUAAAUAUUAUUGUCAUGGUUUUGUAACUGUUUUUGCCAUUUCCUCUCUCUCACACACACAACUAUUGUUAUUUUUUACUGUUGAAGUCUAAAAAAUAAAAUAAACAUUCUCAAGCAAAAUUACUUAUGAAAAAACCCCCC